GCUAUAAGGGAAGCAGACAGAAAGAACACAUCUCUAAGACAACAAGCUAGACGAGCAGAACAUUGAAGAUAAUUACGAUGACGAUGAUGAUGAUGAAGAACCCCAUGAUUCUGAUGACCUGUACUUUGCUUUUUUCGUCUCUCGCUGUCCUGGCAUCUCAAGGCAGUUUUGCUCCAGAUGAGUGCUGCUUUCGAUUCUUCACCAACAGGCUGCCUAUGAACAGGGUGGCGAGCUACAUGUUCACAGACGAUCAGUGUAAAAUACAAGGAGUCUUAUUUACGACGAACAGGGGAGUUCGUAUCUGUGCCGACCCGUCUCUGCAGUGGGUCCAGAACCUCAUCAAGGCCAAAGACCAAAGACAAAACUUACUAACCAAAAGUAUAGUUUUAACACCACACUUAAAAAGAUGUAGUGGUGAUUCAUCUUCAUAAAGCUUUCUAUGUUAGCUAAAGUAUAAAUGCUAAAAAAGCUGCUCAAAUUAAUUCUUUUUUAUACAAUCUGUGCUUAUGUCUGUUUAAAUGUGGUUUCAAGUGAUGUAUUGAAAGAUUGUUUCCUGCUUUAAUAUAAAACAUUAUCAUAUAUUA